GUCUGUGGCACCACGGUGAAUUUUGUCGAGAUGUUACAUGAUAACCUGUGCCAGGCCCGGGAGGGAAGAGGAGACAAGCAGCCUGUCCUCUACUCUGUGUGACUUUACUCUAAUCUUCUGAGAUGAAUGGUGCAGUGGCCAUGGAGGCAACCAGGAGACGAACCCAGGCCAGUACCAAUGGGAAAACAUCUGAACAGAGCGAGCAGCCAGCACAGUGGGGGAGAGCAUGGGAGGUGGAUUGGUUUUCUCUGAUUGGCGUGAUUGGCCUCCUUUGCUUUGCCCCCUUCAUUGUCUUCUACUUUGUAAUGGCAUGUGAUCAGUACCAGUGCUCUGUCAGCCAGCCUCUGUUCGAACUGUACCAAGGAGAGACCACACUGCUCUCCAUCUGGGCCAGGGCUCCCUCCUUCACCUGGACAGCUGCCAAGAUAUAUGCCAUCUGGGUGGCCUUCCAGGUGUUCCUGUAUAUGUGUGUUCCUGAUUUUACCCACAAGUUUAUUCCUGGUUAUGUUGGUGGAGUGCAGGAUGGAGCACGAACUCCUGCUGGCCUGAUUAACAAGUAUGAGAUCAAUGGGCUGCAGUGUUGGCUGAUUACUCAUGCCCUGUGGUUUGUCAAUGCCCACUAUUUCCAUUGGUUUUCUCCCACCAUCAUCUUCGACAACUGGAUUCCUCUGAUGUGGUGCGCCAACAUACUGGGCUAUGCUGUUUCUACCUUUGCUUUCAUAAAGGCCUACUUUUUCCCCACCAACUCUGAGGACUGCAAGUUCACAGGGAACAUAUUCUACAACUACAUGAUGGGCAUUGAGUUCAACCCGCGCAUUGGCAAGUGGUUUGACUUCAAGCUGUUCUUCAAUGGCCGGCCCGGCAUCGUGGCCUGGACCCUCAUCAAUCUCUCCUACAUGGCCAAGCAGCAAGAACUGUAUGGCCAAGUCACCAACUCCAUGAUUCUGGUCAAUGUGCUGCAGGCCAUUUAUGUGUUGGAUUUCUUCUGGAAUGAGGCAUGGUACCUGAAAACCAUUGAUAUCUGCCAUGACCACUUUGGAUGGUAUCUGGGCUGGGGAGACUGUGUCUGGCUGCCAUACCUCUACACACUGCAGGGUCUGUACCUGGUGUACCACCCAGUCCAGCUUUCUAAUGCCCAUGCCCUGGCUGUCCUGUUGCUCGGCCUCGUCGGGUAUUACAUCUUCCGCUCCACCAACCAUCAGAAGGACCUGUUCCGCCGCACAGAGGGCGCCUGCUCCAUCUGGGGCCGCAAGCCGACUUACAUUGAGUGCUCAUACCGCUCUGCUGACGGUAGCAACCACCGCAGCAAGCUCCUGACCUCGGGCUUCUGGGGCGUGGCCCGGCACUUCAACUACACCGGUGACCUGAUGGGUUCUCUGGCCUACUGUGCCGCCUGCGGCUUCGGCCACAUUCUGCCGUACUUCUACAUCGUUUACAUGACCAUCCUGCUGGUCCACCGCUGUGUGCGUGACGAGCACCGCUGCAGCAGCAAAUAUGGCAAGGACUGGAAACGCUACACAGAUACUGUGCCGUGUCGGCUGAUUCCUGGAGUGUUUUAGAAAGGAAGAGGGGUGUGAAGAUCGAGGGAGGGAGGUAUGGGUGGGGGAUAAGAAUAACAUAGAGAAACGGUGUGAUUGGAAAGGGGGUAGUAAGAUAAACAUUAGGUGUGUGUGUGUGUGUGUGUGUGUGUGUGUGUGUGUGUGUGUGUGUGUGACUGUGUGUGUUUUAUACAUAUCAAGAAUACACAACACUGAUAACAUGUUAAUACAGCGUUUCAUACAUUCUGUAAUUUGUAUGUAUUUCUCAUACAUGUAUAGACUGCUGUACAUGUAUAUAUACAGGUACAGUUUAUUUCUAUAUUUCUCUGUCUUGGUAAGGACAGUUUGAUACGCCAGCCUGCUGCUUUCUUUAUGCUGUGACAGUUUAACAUAGUUAAACUCAUUUCUUGAAAUCAGUACAAUAUAUUCAAUAUAUCUUUUGAUCUAGUAAGACCAAACACAACUUAAACCAGCUCAAGCCAAAAUCAGGACCAGAAACAGAGCCACUUCUGUAGUGGACUGAUGUCUGUAACUACUCUACACAAAGCUGUAACAUUCUCAUAAUGUAGCUUAGUGGUAACUUGGUAACACUUUAUAUCCGGGUGCACUUAUUCACCAUUAACUUGUUCCUUAUUAGCAUGUAUAUUGGCUCUUUAUUAGUCAUUAUAAAGCACUUAUUAAUCCUUGUUACCAGUGUUACCAGCUCCUUGAUUAAUUCAUCUGUCAGAUUAACAGAAAGAAAAUCAGUGACAACUUUGGCAGUUUUAUAGUCAUUAAUCAAAAACAUAACUGCUUCAUAUCACUGUAAAUUCAACAUCUGUGUAUUUUACAUAUUUUGACUGUUGCUCAGAGAAAUAAGCAGUCACCUCGCCCUCAGGUACCCUAUGAUAGGGGCUAUCCAUUGUUUUGGGUUUUGUCGACUAAACGAUUAACCAUCAAUGAAAGCUGAUGUAUUCAUUAAUCACUAUUAACUAACUAACUCUGCUGACUUAAUGGACCAAAUGUGAUUGUUGGCUCCACUGACGAGACCUGCCUCAUAAAAGUUACAUAAUCUUUGUAUAACAGUUGUCUGAGUGCUUGGACUCAGUCAUUUGCUCAUCAUAUUAUUUGAGAAUUUCCCUCAUUGUGGCUGAGAGAACAUGUUCACAUAAUUCAGGGUUGUUAAGGACAGGAUGAUGAUUCAACACUUAGACAGACAGCACUCUCUGUCUGUAAAGCAUUCUGACAUGUACCAAUUAAAAGUUAGUUAGAUCAUUAUGUUUGCUCCAUGCUGAAACAGUUUGUUCUGUUGACCAUGUCUUAGUUCUGUGUAAAAAUGUUUUUGCUAUGUCCAACCAUCACAUUUCUUUUGUGUUUGGUUUUAUUUCCUCAUACCAGCACUGCCUUUAUUAUAGUGAUAAAGUAACAAAAUAAAGUUCCAUUUUGUUAUGACUAUAUCAA